AAAUAUUGAUUUUUGUGUAUAAAAAGAAAAAAUUAAAUCACUUUAAUAGACUGAACAAAACGAGAUGAAAAUUCUUUAUAUUAAAUAAAUAAUGAGGUGAUAGAUGUAAAUAAAUAGUGGAGAAAAUGUGAAUGUCCCUUUAAAAAAAAAAAAAAAAAGAAUGUUUCUUUUUCUUACCAUCGAUGACUCAUCUUCGUUGUUGUUUUACUCGUGUUUGAAGGGAAAAUUGACAUUCAUUGACAUUUCUUUCUAUUUUCAAUUAAAACAAAACUGAUGUAAAUUAAAUUUUAUACUUAAAAAUAUAGUACUACAUUCUACUGUAUAUAUAAGAGAAAAAGUGAUUUAAUUUUUCAUUUUCAAUUUAAAGGUUAUCUUUUGUUUAUUUUUAUUUUAUUGAAAUUGUGUUAGAAUCUUCACUACGGGGUUUUGAGAAAAAAAAACUAAUUUUAGGAUAUUAGAAACAAAGAAAAAAUCAGAUACAAAUUUCAUUUUGAAGAGGAAUGCAGAAAUUUUGAAUUCGUAAGGUGUUCUGGAUACAUAGAUAGUGCUGAGUGCUUCAAGUACAAAGUGUCUAUGAUGUUUUCGUCAGGUCUUGGAUGCAAUCUCUCGUUUCCUAGUUGUUUGGGUUAUCCACAAGAGAGUGAAGAACUUAUUCCAAGGAUGGCACGUGAACCGAUAACUCUCAACGUUUAUGAUAUGUACUGGAUUAAUGAAUACACGACUCCUAUUGGUUUGGGAGUUUAUCAUUCCGGUGUUGAAAUUUACGGCGUAGAAUAUGCAUACGGUGGUCAUGCAUAUCCAAUGACGGGAAUUUUCGAAAUUUCGCCACGUGAUGCUUCUGAAUUAGGGGAACAAUUUAGAUUCAGACAGUCUGUGCAUAUUGGUUAUACAGAUUUUACAGAAGAAGAUGUACCAAGAAUUGUCUCUGAAUUGGGAAAAGAUUUUCGAGGUGAUCGAUAUCAUUUAAUGAAUAAAAAUUGCAAUCAUUUCAGCAGUCAAUUUACACAGAUUUUGUGCGAUCAAGAAAUUCCUGGUUGGGUAAAUCGUUUGGCGUAUAUCAGUUCCUGUGUUCCAUUUCUUCAGCGCUGCCUUCGAAAGGAGUGGCUGACACCUGUCGCUCUUCAACAUUCGAUUAGUCAGGUCAGUCACAACGACAGUACACCACCAUCUGAUACUUCUUUGUAACAUUUAUUGAGUAACGCGCACGAAAAUUAUCAAGAUGACGAUGAUGAAUAUAAGGUUUUUAAAUGCCGUAGAAGUUAUACCUUCUAGAAAAUUUACACAGCAUGCGUACAAAGAAUAUUAUUAAUAUAACAUUCAUAUAUUUAGAACAUUUUUAGUAUGCAUAAUUAAAGCUAAAUAUAAAAAUAAAAUUUUGAGAGUUUCAAGCGCCUUCGUUUCAAGGCACUUAACUCUAGGCAAAAAAAAAGAAAAUAUUAAUUCUUAAAGGUACAUUCUCAUAUAAAUACUAAAAGAAAUUUAAAUAAAUAAAUACUAAUAUAAAUUCAUUUUUUUUUUAAUUUAGCAAUAAAUAAAUUUUACUCCUUUAAUUUUGAUUAUUAAACAUGAGAAUGUAGCCUUAAAUUAUGAAAUUAGAAAAUUUUUUGCCAUUUUUUUGGCAAAUAUUAAAGAAAAAUAAUUAAAAUUUAGCCCCAUGAACAAAAAUCAAUUAAAUAUUUAUGGCUUCCUUGAUGAUCCAGAAUAUUCCUCAAAUAAUACAGUCAAAGAUUGCUCUAUUUUAUUAUUUAAUUUAGAAGAGAAAACAGGGGGCUGAAAUUGUGCUUUAAUUGUAGAGAGAUUAUAGGCGCGUAAUUAUAUUUGAUUAAUAAUUGAGCGCAAGAUUACAGUUCGAAUAAUAAAAAAAAAUCGAUUGCCUACGAAUCAAAUCCUCAAGGAGACUGAAAAAGCUUAUUUACGAACCGCUUAAAUGAGCUUACUGAAAUAAAAAAAAAAUGAUUUCUUAAAAACUCGUUUCAACGAAAGCAAACGAGACUUUUUUUGUAGACUCGACAGAAAAAAAACCCCCACCUAAGAUUUUUGCUCUAAAGUAUUAUUUUUAUUUGUUUGUUUUUCUUUUGCUCGCGUAAUUUUACCGUAUAUAACAAUAGAUUUCGCGGAUCUAUAAUUAGAUCAACGAGAGGAAUUUUUCAUCUCGAGGAGGAUUUUAUACUCCGUAAGUUAUUACAUCGAUAGCCAACCAAAUGAAUUGACAAGGUCUAUAUAAAAUUGUAAAUAAUAUUGUUGUCUUCAAAACGAAUAACGUUAUUUGUUAACAAAAAAAAAUGAAAAAAAAAGAAAAAUAUUGUAGACGAGUUUAACGUGUUCAAUGGGGGUAACAAAAAAAAAAAAAAAAAAAAAUAACCGUCUACGAUUUCAAAAAAUUUACUUUUUCUACGUCACAUAUAAAGGUCCAUAAAUUAUUAGUGCCAAGUUGCUUCCCUACUCGUAUUUUUUAUCAAUAUUUUUCCCCUAUUUUUCUCAGACCUCAAUAAGAAUUAUUGUGUCAAUUGCAAAGUUGUUUAAUUUUUUUUUAAAUGGGAAAAUUUAAUUCCAAAAUUGAUUGAAAUUUUGAUUGCUUAGUCUAUAAAAAGUUUAAAAAAUUUUCACAGGUAAACUAAUAUUAUUAUUCUUUUAAAAAGACGAAAAAAAUAUUUUAUUCUCAGAAAUUCAAUUUUUUUAAAAUGACACUACUCUUAAUUUAAAAAUCUAAAAUUUUUUAUUCACUGACAACAAAAUGUAAAUCACUUUGGAAAUUUUCCUUUCUGUGUUAUUUGUUUAAAAAAAAAAUUGUGAGUGUUUUUUUUAAACUAUAGAUACAAAUAACAGUGAUAUGAAAUUGCAUUUAAAAAAAAAAAAAAUGCACAAAAAAUGUUGUGAAAAUAAUUGAGAAAUGUUUCGUCGUUUUAAAUUUUAAGAAUGGAUGUGUGUCUCUCUUUUUCUUUUAUUUCGAGAAAAUCGGCGAUUUGUUAAAGGAUAUCGAGUUGUUAAAAUGAAAUUUUUUUUUGAUGACUUACUUUCUUAGAUGUAAUUAAUGUGCUGGUAGUAAAAAAAAAAAUAAUCGGAGUAAAAAAAGCUUAUAAUGGAAUUUUGUACCGUUUUUCUAGUGUCUAUAAAAUUUCUUGUUAAAAUAAAUAUCUCGGUAUCUUUCAACCAUUUUUUAUAUCACUGCUCGUUGUAAAUUAUGUACAUUUUAUGAUUUUUUUAAAAUGAAAAUACUUUUCAGUUAUUAUUGUAAGUAGCAAUUAAUUUGAUGAAUGUUCGAAUUUAUUUUAAUUAAUAAUAUAAAUCACAUGUU